CUACCUUUCUCCUCCUCGAUGUUUGACGACUCGGACGACGUCUUCGACAGCGUAACUUGGGAAAGCCCCAAUCCACCGAGUCACCCCGUUUCUGGAGAUGUCCCCACUGGUCCUGGCUUCCGUCAAAGUACUUCGGACAGUGGCGAAGGGCCUAAUGAUCUCAAAUGGGAGGGGUAUCUCAUAACGAGUGUCUCCGACCCAGUAAAGGAACUGGCGGAAACGAAGGACGCUUAUGUCUCCUACCUUGUCUCAGCGAAGACAAAUCUCCGGACAUUCUCAACCCAAUCCCCCUCCGCCCGCAGACGUUUCCAAGAUUUCGUAUUCCUAAGGGACAAUCUUUCCAGAGACUUUCCUGCCUGUGUUGUUCCGCCAUUGCCAGACAAGCACAGACUCGAAUAUAUCACUGGCGAUAGAUUCAGCCCAGAGUUCAUGGAACGAAGGCGUCUCGAUUUGCACCGAUUCCUGGAGCGUUUAGCUCGACACCCAACAUUGCAACGAAGUACCCUUGUCCGUGCUUUCUUCGAGUCAACAGAAUGGCAUGUUCAUAUGCAUCAACAUACUGCGCAUCCCCCAUCUGAACCGUCACCCGGAAUAAUCGACAACAUCUCAGAUACCCUGCUAAAUGCUUUCACCCGUGUUCGCAAGCCAGAUGAACGAUUUCUCACCAUGCGGGAGGGGGUCGAUCAAUUUGAGGAUGGUUUGGUUCUGGCAGAGCGAUUAUGGUCGCGGCUGAGGACCCGGACAAGCGAUGGAAAUCCGGAAUCCGGAGAAGACCUUACUGCGGACUACCAUGACCUCGCAGUCGCUGUCCAAGGUCUUGGAUUCUUGGAGUCAGGUAUCACCGACCCCCUCAACAAUUUUUCAAACACAUUGCUGGAAUUCUCCUCCCUCCUGCGUCAUUUAGGACAAACAACCACCGACCCAUUCUUGAUCCAUCUCCAUUCCCUCCUCACAUAUUCUCACGCCAACCGUGCGGUCCUCAGACUACGAGACCAAAAACAACUCGACUUUGAAGAUUUGUCGGACUAUCUGGCAGGAGUCACUUCUGAACGCGACAGAUUGGCUGCGGUCAUCAGUGGCCAUGCAGGCAGCACUGGGCUUGGACUCGGUUCCUAUCUGAAAGACAGGGUAGACGCACUGCGAGGAGCUGACGAUGAUCGCAGUCGCGUGGAAAAGAUGCGAAAACUGGAUAUCAAGAUCAAAGAGCUUCAAGAUGCUGUCACCACUGCUCACGAAACAUCUGACGCUUUUAGCGACGAGACUCUCCGAGAGCAGACCAUUUUCCAGCAUUCGAAGGAGGCGGAGAUGAAGGAAAUGCUAGGCCAUCUUGCUGAUGGCCAAAUUGAAUUCUACAAGUCGGCCAUGGACGAGUGGGAGAGGAUAAUUCCGUUGAUUCAACGCAUUCGUGUGCACCCCUGA